AAAUAAAAUUCCUCAGAAAACUGGUAAGUAGCAGCGCUUAUUAAAAAGCAAGCUCGAUCUAUAAACUUUAGUACAUCAUGAAUUACGAUGGUUAUACUAAUAUUUACCACCCCAGUUCUCAGCAACCGGGAUACUACAACCCGUCCGAAAUGCAAUUCAGUCAAUUUUCAUAUGAAAAUGCAAAUUCAAUACCAUCCCAACCUAUCAAUCUUCCCUUCUCACAAGUACAAUAUUCCUCUGCUGCGAUGUAUGAAGGAAAAGAAGAGGAUUACGAAAAUGAACCACCUCUAUUGGAAGAACUUGGUAUCAACUUUAGUCACAUUGUACAAAAGACAUCAUCUGUCCUCCUUCCUUUUAAAGAAAGUCCUCAAGAAGUGCUUGACGAUACAGAUUUGGCCGGACCUUUGGUUUUCUGCCUGCUAUUUGGUUGUACCUUAAUGUUUGCUGGAAAAAUUCACUUCAAUUAUAUCUAUGGAUUAGGUGUAUUUGGUUGCUUGGGUAUUUACCUCCUGUUAUCAGUUAUGACGCCUAGGGGAGUUACACCAACUUGUGUCAUUUCAACAUUAGGAUAUUGCCUACUUCCUAUGUGUCUUUUAUCUUCAUUUGGGAUUGUAUUUUCUCUUAAAAGUAUACUAGGUGUUGUGUUGACAGCGACUGUCGUUUCGUGGUGCACAAUUGCUUCCAGUAAAUUGUUUGUUCGUAGUUUGGAUAUGCAACACCAACGCAUUCUUGUGGCGUAUCCAUGCGCCUUAGUGUAUUGUGUAUUUGCACUCCUAGUUGUGUUUUGAUUCACUUUCUGUUGUUUAAAUCAUUGGAUACAUAGCUGUCAGAUUUACUGAUGGAUAAACUUAUGAUGACCUGUAAUAUUUAUCAUGCGAAAAAGAUACAUUUUUUCUAUUAAAAAAUUCAUUAACAAUGGAAUUAUGUUUGUUUAUGAAACACUGUUAGAAAUAUACUGGGUUUCACUUGGAAUUAUGUGCCAGUAUUUAUAAACUGAUAAAUAUUGUUUUUAUUUCAGGUUGGAG